AUGGGAAGAGCCGGCCAACUCACCGAGUACGAGCAAGGCAGUGCCUUAGCGUUUUCGAAGGCUGGAUGGUCGAUCAAACGCAUCGCCGCAGCCCUUGGUCGCUCCAGAAACGUGGUAGCAAGCUUUAUACGGUCACCCGAGACCUACGGGACCCACUAUGUAAGUCGAAAGUCCACGAAAGUGUCAGAACGGGCGCGCCGGCAAAUCGUCAAGCACGCCUCGACGACCGGAUGCUCAGCCAGGCAGCUCAAAGCAUACCUGCCGUUGGAAGUGUCGCUCCGCACGUAUCAACGCAUCUUGAACCAAGCCGCUUUCCUAGAAUACACCAAGCGUCAACAUGCUCCGAAGCUUCAACAACGCCACAAAGACGCAAGACUCAAGUACGCCGAAGACAACCUCACCAAUCCACCUGACUGGGACAUCGCGGUGUGGUCGGACGAAAAGAAGUUCAACCUCGACGGUCCAGAUGGUUUACAGUACUACUGGCACGACCUUCGCCACGAAAAAGACCAAUUUUUUACCCGGCACAGCAGCGGUGGCAGUUGCAUGAUUUGGGCCGCAUUUUCAAGUCACGGGAAGUCGGAAAUCGCCUUUCUGGACGGCUCACAGACAGGUGACAAGUCCAUUGACACGUUGUCGAACUACCUGUUCCCAUUUGGUCAUGAGGUGUAUGGCGGAAGUUUUGUAUUUAUGCAAGACAACGCUAGCAUUCAUUGUUCUAAGGUCGUUAUGGAGUUUUUGGACGAGCAAGAUAUUGUCAUUUUUGGUCAUCCUGCGUUGUCGCCUGAUUUAAACCCUAUCGAAAACGUUUGGGGUGUGCUGGCUCGCCAAGUUGACCUUAAUGGUAAACAAUUUGACUCUGUGGCUGAGCUAAAGGUCGCCAUCAAGCGUGAGUGGGAAAAUAUUUCCCAAAACUACUUGCAGGAGCUGAUCAGGUCGAUGCCAAAGCGCUGUGUGCAUGUUAUCCAAGCCAAAGGAGGCAAAACAAACCCUGAUGGCCUCCAGUACUACUGGCAUGAUCUCCGUAAGGACGAGCAGACGUUUUUGAGCCGUCAAAAUGGUGAGGGUGGCGUGAUGAUCUGGACCGGAUUUUCAAGUCAAGGUCGGACGGAAGUUGCCGUCCUCCAAGGCCGCCAAGACUUCUAUACCUACUGCGACACGGUGGCAAAUUAUCUGCUAUCCUUCGUCCAUGCCCAUCCCCCUGAUGGGUUUGUAUUUCAACAAGAUAAUACGAGCAUUCACGCCAGUCAAGAAGCCAGGGUGUUUUUGACGGAACAAAAUGUUCCUCUUUUGAGCUGGCCUGCGCUUUCGCCUGACCUAAACCCCAUCGAAAAUGUUUGGCGAUGCCUGGCCCGCAAAGUUUAUGCCAAUGGAAGGCAGUUUGGCUCUGUUCAAGAGCUCCAGUCUGAGAUUUUACGUCAGUGGGAUGCCAUUGACGAAGAGCUCUUCCACAAGCUUAUUGCAUCCAUGAAAUCGCGCUGUAUCGAUGUUCUGCAAGGCAAGGGGUCGUGUACGAAGGCAUUUUCCAACUUACACGUCAUGGUUCCUACGUCAGGAGCAGCCGGGAAGAAGAAGCGGUCGUCGUUGUUGUCUUUGACUGGUCGCAACGCGGAGAUCCAGAGCGAGGUGGCUGCCCCGACGAUAUCGACUGUCGACCAAUCAUACAAGCGGAUGAAACACCAAGCGAAGCUGGCCAGAUCGCUUCGAAUUGAUGAGGAAGGGGUGAAACGUCUGGAGAACAUCCGACAUUCGUUGUCUGAGGGCGUGAAGAAGGAUGAUAAAAUAUUGCCACAUAAGAAUUGCUGA